UCCUUACAUGCCUCCCAGCCCUUCUCCCUCAUUUGAAUUCAAACCUCUCAAGACACAGCCUUUUAUGACGACCUCUUUCACCGAGCUCCUUUCCAUGGAUGAUCGCUGGCCUUCUUCUGAAAUCCCCAAAUUCAAGUCAACCCCUCCUCCUUCCUUGCCCCUCUCUCCCUCCCCUCUUUCUCCUUCUUCUUACUUGCCUUUUAGCCCUACCCAGUUCCUCAGCUCCCCCUUGUUCUCUUCAUCCCCAAAUGUUCUUCCUUCUGCUGAGACGUUUAAUAACAAGGAGGACGAGGAGAAGCCAUUCUCUGACUUCUCCUUCCAAACCCAAUCGAAGCCCCCGUCCUUCUUGGAAUAUUCUUCAACCAUGUUUCAAGCGCAGGAACCACUGAAGAUAGAACCAUGGAAUGAGAAGACAGCUGCAAAAUCUGAGUAUCCAUCAAAUCAGAGAUUCUCCUCAGAACCUCAGAUGCAAAACAAUUUGGCUCCUGCUUCUGGUUAUGCCAACUACGCGAAUCCAUCCCAAUCCAUAAGACUUCAAAAGAGGUCAGAUGAUGGGUACAACUGGAGAAAAUAUGGACAGAAACAGGUGAAGGCGAGCGAAAAUCCUCGCAGCUAUUACAAGUGCACGCAUCCGAGUUGCUCCAUGAAGAAGAAGGUUGAAACGUCUUUGGAUGGACAAAUUACUGAGAUAGUAUAUAAGGGAACUCAUAACCAUCCCAAGCCUCAGUCCACUAGAAGAUCUGGUUCUCAAUCCAUUCAACCUUCUUCAUCUUGUACCAAUUCCGGGAUUUCUGAUCAAUCGGCGGUGACCCUAGGUAAUCUACAAAUGGAGCCGACCUCGAUGCAAGAAGAUUCUUCCGUCUCUGUUGGAGAAGAUGACUUUGAGCACACAUCACAAACCUGUUACUCUGGAGGCGAUGACAAUGACUUUGGCCCUGAUGCCAAAAGAUGGAAAGGAGAGAAUGAAAUUGAUGGCUAUGCCACCUCCGGGAAUAGGACUGUGAGGGAACCAAGAGUCGUAGUUCAAACUACAAGUGAAAUUGAUAUUCUUGAUGAUGGCUAUAGGUGGAGGAAAUAUGGUCAGAAAGUAGUUAAAGGAAAUCCAAACCCAAGGAGCUACUACAAGUGCACAGCUCCGGGGUGUUCGGUGAGGAAACAUAUCGAGCGAGCUGCUCAUGAUAUGAAAGCUGUGAUCACAACAUAUGAAGGGAAACACAACCAUGAUGUUCCUGCAGCUCGAGGAAGUGGGAGUUAUAACAUGACCGGAGCUUCUCGGAACAGCAACGCCACCAGCAACAAUGUUACUGCACCCAUAAGGCCAUCAGCGGCUUCCGCGUUGAACAGUUUUUCCAGCACGUCAAGCUUAACAAAUUCGCUUCAUAACGCAAGCCAACCAACAUCUGCAAGUCAAGAUUCAUUUCUAUUUGACAUGUUGCAGAGCCCAGCAAGUUUUGCAUACUCUGAUUUCGUCAGAUCAAUGGGAUCGUAUAACACUAACACAUAAGAAGCCACGGAUGAGAAGAAGGAAAGAUUAAUUCCUUCAGUUAUUUAUGUCCAAAUCAGGAACCAAAAGGAAAAGCAUAUAAUCAUACACAUGCCUCUGUGUAACACAUACGAUGUUAGGCAUUUAGAGAGGAAUAGAAUUAGAAACAAAGAAUCAUGGAAAUAAGAAGGGACAAGAAGGAUUUUAACAUUCCACAUAAUGUAGGACUUAGGACGUGAUACAGAAAACAUUUAGCUGAUAAUUUGUGUUAUUCUUUUGUUGUAUUUGUUUAGUAGAAAAAAGGAUGCGAUUUUCAUGUAGAUUUAACGUGUUUAUGUUACUAUUCUCUUUGCACUUCUUGUCCUCAAUAAAGUUUAAUAGCAAUGAAGUUUUAUAUUUCUAUA